UCCCUCCUUCAAAAUGUUUGAAUCAGACGACGAAUCAUUGCUCGAAAUCACCCGAGACGAAGAAAAUCUCCUUUCGUCCAUAAAACAAAAGAUUAAGAAUGUCCCCCUUUCGCGUUGCAUUUGUAGAAUCCCGGAAGAACAACUCAAAGGGAACGUAGAUAAAUAUCACCCGCAAUUAGUGUCAAUCGGUCCUUUGCAUCAUUCGAGAGAGGAUUUACGAUCAACCGAAGAUCGCAAAUGGCUAUAUCUUCACGCACUUUUAAGUAGAAGUACUAGAAAGCCAACAUCAAUGGAUGCACGUUUGAAAAUUUGCGUGAAUAUGAUCAAAGAAUCCGAACAUGAAGCGAGAAAGUUCUACGAAGGAAACAACGUAAAGCUAAAUAGCCACGCAUUUGUCGAAAUGUUGCUAGUUGACGGAUGUUUUAUAAUCGAACUCUUACUCAAAUAUUCAGCUAAAGAAUUAAGACGCGGAGACGACCCUUUUUUCACCUCCAUGGAGAUGUUCUUACGUUUGAGGAGCGAUGUUCUCUUGUUAGAAAACCAAGUUCCUUUCUUCGUUCUCCAUCGCCUAUUCAAAAUCGUUCAAAUCCCAAACAUAAAAGAUCAUUCUCAUCCUUCCAUCGUCACACUAUCCAUUGCCUUCUUCAAGAGAAUAAUACAAAGGGAAGUCAAAAAUAUUUCCUCACAACAUGGUGAAGAUUUCAAGCAUUUGCUAGAUUUGGUACACAAUUAUUACCUACCAACAACUCCUAAAUUCUUAUCAUCAUCCACCGGUCGACAAACCAUCUUACCAACCGCAUCAACUCUUCACAAAAAAUGGAUCCGUUUUAAACAAGCCGAAUCCGAAACCUUACUCGAUAUCAACUUCAAAAAGGGCGUCAUAAAAAUCCCACCUUUAAAGAUCCUCGACCACACCGAACUCCUUUUUAGAAACUUUAUCGCGUUUGAGCAUUGUCACGGUGAUAAAGCCAAGCCCGUGACAUCUUACGUGUUACUAUUAAGAAGUCUUAUUCAAUCUGAAGACGAUAUUAGAUUGUUAUACAAGUCACGAAUACUCGUCAAUGGUUUAGAACGACAAGAGCAAAUUCUCGAUAUGCUAAAGAAGAUUAUCGUCGAAGAAGAAGAAACUACUAUGGAUAUGGAUUUUUAUUAUGGAGGAUUACGCGAGAAAAUCAAAGAGCAUUUACAAACUAUUAAAAUAAAUAGAUUCAUGUGUUUUUAGAAAAUAUAUAUUUGUAAUCAAUUUAUUUUAUGUGGACAUAAAUAAAUAAAGUUUGCA